AGGAAGUUUCAGACUUCGCCAGGGGUCUCCAAGGAAAAACUGCGUUUCUUUGUUCCUUUUGACUGGGGAAUCAAAUUUAGAAGGUGGUAAUGGCGGGGGCCGCCAGUCAGUCGUUGUGGAGAAGAAGCUCCCCUGGAGCUUCUCCGUUGACUAGCAGACCAGGCGGAGGGACGCGACGGCCUCUCUUUUGUUCGGUUUUCAGUCCCCCCAUUUUCCUUCCUCCUCCUUCCGUUUUCGGUUAGAGGCUGCGGAAGGGAGGAGAGAGAGAGAGAGAGAUGGGAAGCACCUCGGCGGAAGGAACGCCGGGGAAUGGUCCGGCGGUGGCAAGGAGGACGAGGAAGGAGGUGGUGGUGGCCGUCGGCGUCUGCGAGAAGAGCAGCAGCAUGCGUGCUUUCCAAUGGGCGAUCGACAACCUCGCCGGCGUCGACCGUUUCGUCCUCGUCCACGUCACCCCUCCCAUAACCUCCAUCCCUACGCCCGUUGGCAACCGUAUACCUGUCUCUCAAAUGCCCGAGGAUGUUGUAUCUAUGUAUGUUCAGGAGAUGAAGUCAAGAAUCAGUGUGGUUUUUCUCCCUUUUAAGAAACUAUGCCGGGAUAGACAGAUUGAUACUGUUAUAUUGGAUGAUGAUAAGCCUUCAAGUGGACUUUUGAGAUACAUAUCUCAAUUUGAUGUGGCAAGCCUUGUUUUGGGAGCCUCUAAGUCAAACUUUAUUGCAAGGAAAUUGAAGGGCCCUAAUUUAUCCUCAGUUGUCACAAAGUUUGCUCCACAGACGUGCAACAUUUAUGUCAUAUCACGAAACAAGGUCAUCAAAAAGCUGGUCAAGCCUACUCGAGUUGAAGGAAAAAUGGAUUCCUUGAAAGAUAAUUAUGAGACUGGUAAUAAAACUGGCAUCAAUGAGAGAAGAGAUAAUACCAGUUUAUAUAAAAAACUGUUCAAGUUUGAUGUUCCACGUGCUGACAAAAAGAAGGAUAAGCUUUCCAGUUUUGCUUUACCACAAGAUCCUGAGAAAAAAAUUUUGAGUGAACUUGGUGAUGGCGAUUCUUCUCCUAGAUUGAGUAAUACAAGUAAACAAACAGAUAUAUCAUAUACUCCACCUGUUGAAGAAGAAAGGCUGGGAAUGUCUCAUGAGGAGAAUCACUUACCAGGAAAAGAUGCAAAAAUUCCAAGAGCAAGAGACUGUAAUAACUUGCUUGGAUUAAAGGAUAACCAUUUCCUUGUGCAGUCGCCUGCUAGGCCGGCUGAAGCUAAGUCUGAAGUUGAACAUUUGAGGCUUGAGUUACAAUUCACUCUUUCCAUGUAUAACAGAACAUGCGAAGAGCUUGUUUAUGCAAAAAAGAAGGCCCAGAGGCUUUCUGUUGAGUGUGCUGAAGAAGCAAAAAAAGUAAAAGAUGCACAGGAAAGAGAAGAAAUGGCAAGAAAAGCUGCUGAAGAGGAGAAAGCGAAGCAUAUGAGUGCACUUAAGGAAGUUGAGGCUGCAAAACAAUUGCUUGCUAAAGAGGCCUAUGCUAGGCAGAAGGCUGAAGUAGCAGCCUUGAAAGAGUCAUCUGAGAGAAGAAAGCUAGCAGAUGCACUUUUUUCAUGUGAUCAGAGAUAUAGACGGUAUUCUAGGGAGGAACUGGAAAAGGCAACCGAGUCAUUUUCUGUCACCAAGAAAAUAGGUGAGGGAGGUUAUGGAUCUGUCUAUAAAUGCAGCCUCGAUCUCACACCAGUGGCUGUGAAGCUACUUCACCAAGAUGCAUCCAACAAGAAAGAUGAAUUUCUUAGAGAGGUUGAAGUGCUGAGCCAAAUACGUCAUCCACAUAUGGUGUUACUUCUUGGUGCUUGUCCCGAAAAUGGGUGCUUAGUCUAUGAAUAUUUGGCCAAUGGGAGUCUUGAGGAUCGGCUUCUCUGCAAGGGAGGUACACCACCCUUGUCGUGGCCUACACGAUUUCGGAUCCUGUAUGAAGUGGCCUGUGCUCUUGCUUUCCUGCACAGCUCCAAGCCCGAGCCAAUUGUUCAUCGGGAUCUAAAGCCUGCAAACAUCUUGUUAGACAGCAACUAUGUAAGCAAAAUUGGAGAUGUGGGUCUAGCACAGUUGAUGUCGAAUGUGGUACCUGAUACUGUCACUGAAUAUAGGGAAACACUCCUUGCAGGCACACUUUAUUACAUGGACCCAGAAUACCAGCGAACAGGCACUGUCCGACCUAAAUCUGAUUUGUAUGGUUUUGGUAUUAUUAUGCUUCAAAUAUUGACAGCAAAAUCUCCUUCGGGACUGGUUAAGAUGAUAGAAACUUCCAUUGAUAAUGGUUCUUUUCCUGAGAAACUUGAUAAAUCAAUCAAAGAUUGGCCACUUGCACAGUGUGAGGAUCUAGCUCAGCUAGCACUCAAAUGCACCCGAUUAAGGUGUAGGGAUAGACCUGAUCUUGAAUUGGAAGUGAUUCCUGAGCUUCAGCGGUUUAAAGAUGUUGCAGAUGCUCUUCGUUUUAAAAUGAUUCAAGGAAAUAUUUCUAUACCUAGGCCAUAUAUUUGCCCCAUUCUACAGGAACUGAUGAUUGAUCCUCACGUGGCUGCUGAUGGGUUUACAUAUGAAUAUAGAGCAAUCAAAGCAUGGCUCGCAAACCAUGAUGUAUCUCCUAUGACCAAGCUUCGGCUUCAGCACUUGGAUCUUACACCAAAUCUUUCUCUUCGAUCUGCAAUCCAAGACUGGAAGCAGCGGGUUGUCUCUAGUUCUGGCAUCUGAGAUCGUGGUCUCUAGCAGACAUCUACUCUUUUAGAUGUCUGAUGUACAUUAAAAAGCUCUGAUGUACAUUAAAAAGCGAUUGGUUGAUAGAAAGCCACUGCAAAGAUGAAGUUUUGUUCUUACACCAAUAUUCUUUGUGCUUCUUUGGAUUUCCGUUGUGAAAAUAAAAAAGUUGAUGUACAUAAUAGCAAAAGUAACUGGAGACAAAGCAAGGCAAUGUCUUCACCUCAGUGUCUUCAUUGUUUACACCUGAUUAAUCAUGAAAAUUCCAACUGCAUGAUGUUGAUU